GGUGUACCGGUGUACUCAUUGGAUUGGCCCGUGGAGCAUUCUUACGACCUUCGCACAUUUGCUGAACAGCUGCUGCGUAACGUCAACAUUUCCCAGUCGCAAUCGGUAAGUCUGGUAUCGCUUGAUCAGCACAAAGUGCUUGACGCCGUCGACAUUGCACAGGCUCGAUCCAUAUUCAGCCUGCUUGGGGAUUUGCACGACGCGGCAUUGUUGGUGUGUUCCUACGCUCCAGAGGGCUCUGGCAACAGGCGCAAGACAUAUAACUUUGUUCAAAGCGUGUCUCGCUAUACUGCUCAGUCUGUGAGCUUGGUCCACACCUCGGCUAAGAUAUUCGGGCCUAGGGCCAAAGCAGCCUUUUUGGACGCGUUGUUUACGGAAGCUGGGAAUAUCUUGGAUCCCCUUCCCUUAACGAUUUGGCACUUCGACGACUCAGGGGACAUUGUGCAAGCCAUUGAGCGCCUGGGUAACUCUCGCAUUCGUGCUCGACAGUGGGACGGCUCUCGCUCGCAGCGGUACUCCUUGCUAGAGCACAUCCGGUUCGAGCUCGGCCUGUAA